ACAGCUGCCCCGGAACCGGAAGUCGCCUGCACGGAAACACAGAGCGGUGUGUGGUGUCGAGGGGAAAGCGCGCUGCCGCCAUCACGGGGAUCAGCAGGACUGGAAACCAGCGCAGAGAUCAUUUGUGUUGAACAGUCCGCCUGGAUUUUCCUCCUUUCAAGACCGCAAUCCUCCACCUUGGCACGUCUUCAAUCACAGACACCCUCCCCCUCAGAGGUGCCCUCCAGCACAAAAGUACCCUCCACCGUCCACUUCUCGUCCUCGCCCCCCUCCUGUCCACCCUUCAGAUAGGGAGACUUGUGGCCUGUCGGAGAGAUUCCAUCGGCUUUCUGUGUCGCACGAGUCUCUAGAAGAAAAGCUGUUACGGAAAUUCAGAGAACUCCGGGAAAAGGAGUUUUAUACUGCAAAAGGUUUAGCCAAUUUUUUUGUUUUAGAGAAAAAACACAUCAAUAGUGUUCUAUACAGAUUAGAGAGAAAUAACCUAGUGCAUAAAGAAAACGGUACUCCACCGAAGUGGCGGCUCUUGGUUAACGGUCUUCAACAUCUACGAAGUCCAUCCUCUGGUAGAGCAUCGCAACAGGCACCCUCGCGGGCUAAGGCGGAGGAGUUAUCCCCUAACUUGGAGGCCGUCUGGUCAGCUGACAUCAUGGCAGAUACAAAGGAAAAGCUCUGUGAAUACUUAUACCAAUCUCCGGAGUCCACAUCAGCCGCCAUCCGGAAGAACAUAGGACUGACCAGGAUGAACGAGGUCAAUCAGCUCCUCAGCGCUAUGGAGAAACAGGGAGAUAUUUGCCGGCAAGGGAACCCUCCGAAAUUUUCCCUCACUGACAAGAAGCGGGAGAGAAUGUUUAUCAAGAAAAGAGCAGCAGAGAUUCAUGAAGAUGAGAAAGUGGAUAUCGCAGGCCAACCCGAGGAGGAUGAGGAGGUGGCAUCUGUGGAGAAUGGCCAGCAGGUGGCGGCGGUGGAUGGUAGCAGUGCAGCACCCAUUGAAGUACCUGAAGUUCUCAAUAUCGACAUGCCCUCUGAUGAGCCACCAAGGAAACGCAUUAAAGACACGUCAUUCGAUGACUAUGAGAAUGGCAAAUGGGCCGUCGAUGAGGUCCCUGAUGCCUUAAACAUGAUAGCAGGGAAUGACUUCCUUGGAGGAGAAAUGGACAAUGAGUCUGUGCCGGUACCACAAUACUGUGAACCACUUAAACAAUGCCCCCAACUGGAGAAGCUUCAGGCCUGUCUGGCAAAGAACCCGGUGAGCGGCCUCCUGGAGUUCACCAAUUACUUCUCUCUGAAAUGUGACUUUGUUCUACUUGACCAGAGCGGACCAUCUCAUGACCCAAGGUUUAAGAUCCAGGCGGUGAUCGACGGCCGACCUUUCCCGGAAGCUGAAGCUAGCAGCAAGAAAACUGCCAAGAAGGAGGCUGCUGCGCUUGCCAUGCGCAUCCUGCUGCGCGAGGCACAAGGUGGAACAGAAGAGGAGGUCCUGGCGGAGCAGUCUGCCAUUCAGGAGAUACAGGAGGAAGUGAAGUCUGUACCACAGCCAGCGCUGACUAUGGGUAAAAAUCCAAUCAGCAUCUUGAUGGAGCACAGCCAGAAAUCUGGCAACAUGUGUAUAUUCCAGCUGGUGAGCCAGGAGGGUCCCCCGCAUGACCCCAAGUUCACCUACAUGGUGAAGAUUGGCGAUCAGACUUUCCCGGCCGUAGUAGCCAAUAGCAAAAAGGUUGCCAAGCAGCUGGCGGCUGAGGCCGCAGUGAAGCAGCUGAUCAGCGACAGCUCGUUAUUCCUAGACCAGGCUGAUCCGGUUUCUGAAGCCCCAGUCAUGGAGUUUCCCUCUGUCCCAGAACUCUCGGUGGACGACAUUAAGACGGCCCAGACGUCCAGCGUUGGGGAUUUCAUCAAAUAUCUCAACGCCAACCCCGUCAGCGGCCUCCUGGAGUACUCCCGUGCCAAGGGGUUUGCGGCAGAGUUUAAGAUGGUCAACCAGACCGGUCCUCCGCAUGAUCCCAAAUUUGUGUUCCAAGCAAAAGUUGGGGGUCGCUGGUUCCCCCCAGUUACAGCAUCCAAUAAGAAACAGGCGAAGGCAGAGGCUGCGGAUGCUGCCCUGAGAGUCCUGAUUGGGGAGGCAGAGAAAGCUAUACGAGAGGGGGACACUGUGACGGAGCUCCCGGUGUUCGGCAGCACUUUCCAUGACCAGAUCGCCAUGCUUAGCCACCAGAAAUUCAACAGUCUUACGGCCAGAAUUCAGAGCAGCCUACUGGGAAGGAAAAUCCUGGCCGCCAUCAUCAUGAAGCAAAACGGCACGGAGCUGGGCAAAGUGGUCAGCAUUGGCACUGGGAAUCGCUGCGUUAAGGGUGAGGAAUUAAGCCUGCGAGGGGAGACUGUUAAUGAUUGCCAUGCAGAGGUCAUAUCCCGGAGAGGGUUCAUAAGAUUUCUGUAUGAUCAGCUGAUGAGGUUCAACCCGGACUCCCCAGAGGACAGCAUAUUUGAGGAAUCCGAAGACCUGCUUAGGGUUAAACCAGCAGUGACCUUUCACCUCUACAUCAGUACCGCUCCCUGUGGAGAUGGGGCGCUGUUUGACAAGUCCUGCAGUGAUCAGCCCUGCGAGGAGGGAGACAAGACCCAUUAUCCCCUGUUUGAGAACCCGAAGCAGGGAAAGCUGCGGACCAAAGUGGAAAACGGUGAAGGGACCAUUCCUGUGGAGUCCAGUGAUAUUGUCCCCACGUGGGAUGGAAUACAGCACGGAGAGAGACUCCGCACCAUGUCUUGCAGCGAUAAGAUCCUGCGCUGGAAUGUUCUGGGCCUCCAGGGUGCGGCGCUGUCGCAUUUCAUCGAGCCGGUGUACCUCAACUCUGUCACUCUUGGCUACCUGUUCAGUAAGGGCCAUCUGACGCGGGCUAUCUGCUGCCGCAUGUCCAGGGAUGGUGAAGCAUUCCAGCAACAGUUACCAGAACUCUAUAUAGUCAACCACCCGGAGGUCGGACGGGUCAGCGUCUAUGACUCGUACCGGCAGACGGGAAAAACAAAGGAGUCCAGCGUGAAUUGGUGUUCUGCUGAUGAUGAAGUGGAGGUGCUGGAUGGGACAAAGGGGAAAGUGGAAGGGGGCAGACUGGAAGUCUCUCGUGUCUCGAAGCUCCACAUGUUCGUUUUAUUCCAAAAACUCUGCACAAUGCGUGGGCGCCAGGAACUCCUGCAGUGCACCUCCUACAGCGAUAUAAAAGCGGCAGCCACCACCUACAGGCAGGCCAAAGGACUGUUCAUGAAAGCUCUGCAGGAGAUGGGCUACGGGAGCUGGAUCAGCAAGCCGCAAGAAGAGAAGAGCUUUAACCUCACAAUAUAAUGACUUUCCCAGCAUUUGUAUGUGUAUGUCUGCACUGAGAGGGGGAGGGGGGGGGGGUUAGUGUUGGUCAAUGCCAGCGUGAUUCUGCCAGGCACCUCCAGAAAACCAGCGUCACAGCUGACCGCUUCUCUGCUCUUGUUUUUGGAUGAGUUAUCGGUUUUUAGUCUCAAAUGUAAAGCGCGUGGCCACUCAUCUGGUAGUAUUGUGUAUCUGUGAUAUUUUUUUUUCUUUUUAACCAGGUCUCUGCUUUUCAUUUUCAAAUAUUUAUGGAUCUGGAAUAUCAAUUUGUUAAAAAAAUAAAAUUGCUGGCCUGAGUGCAUGAAGCAGGGUCAUGUAUGUACUUCUCAAGUUUAGCGCAAUGAUCUGGACACAGGAUCCACACUCUUGAGAGUUCCCAGCAUUCAGUGCUGCGCUUUGUUCGUAUGAACACCUGAUGUUAGUAGUAAAACAAAGCAGUGGUGGCUGGUUUCUGAAGGUUUUCCUUCUGCCGCGCGUUUGUGCGAUCACCUGCUGGUUUUUCUGUGAGGCUCUUGGCAGAUCCUGGUUGUAGAAUGUAAUGCAGCAGAAUUAAUUUGAUUUUAGGGUUGAGGAUACAAUUUCUUUUAUAUAGUUUUUGCGUUCUGUGUCUGUAACCCAUCUGUUUGCCAGCACUCGCCAUACUUCUCCUGUAAAUACGUUUUUAAAAUCUUAGACAAUGGUUGGAAAUUUACAAUUUCCUGCUGUGUUUUUUUGUUUUAAAAAAAUAUAUAUCAUUCCAUAUUUCAAAUCUAGAAUUUAGUUGUGUCCACUGAGAAUUGGAAAGAAUUUUUUUUUUUUAAAUUGACAGCUGUCACAGUGCUACACAUAUAAAUUCUUACCGGAUCGUAGACAUUGGCGCGCAUGAUUACUUUCAUUUUCAUAUGUUCUAGCGUUCCUCCUAAGGUCAUUGUUGGGCUUUCAUUGAAUUGGCCCAUGGUUAAAUCUCUACGGUGGUGUAAGACAAACUGCGCUGUGUCUGAUCUUCGUACGAUGUCUACUGUUGAGUAGUGAUAUAUAUACGUUUAAGUGACACAAUAAAAGAAUCUUACAUCUG